UGAGUGCACGUGUGACAUUUUGUUUAUCAUUUCAACCGCAUUUAAUUUUAGAUUUAAUUUUUAAAAUAGAAAGAAUUCGUUGAAAAUAAAAGAUGAAUGGAGGAAAUGCUCAAGUCGGGCGCACAAAAACACAUAAUGUGCGUUUUUAUAAUCUCACGCCGCGAUCUAUACAAAGUAUGGCUUAUAACAAGGUUUGGCACAAGUUAGCAAUAUCUAGAAAUGAUGGAUCUAUUGAAAUUUGGGAUAUGCAACAUGCCUCCUAUUUAGAAAAAGCUAUACCAAAAUCGCCUGGAAACUCCGUAGAGGGUAUGGUUUGGGCUGGUGAGCGUUUAUUCUCAGUUGGACUUACUGGCGAAUUGGUAGAAUGGGAUUUACUAUUGCUGAGGCCCCGACGUAAGCAGUUCGUAACUGGAAAUGCCAUAUGGUGCAUUGAUGUAAACUCCACCGGAACAGAGUUGGCCGUCGGGACAGAAGAGGGUUACAUCAAUAUAUUUGACAUAGACAGCGAUCAAAUGCAAUACAAACAACUAUUUGAUAAGCAAGAAGGUCGUGUGUUGUGUUGUAAAUUUGAUCGUACCGGCGAAUUUCUGGUAACUGGUUCAUUGGGUGCAAUACGAAUUUGGGAUGUGAAGAGUGGCCAUGCGUUGCAUAAAAUGACAAUUUCGCGGGUGGAAAAGAAAAAAGAGGUGAUUGUUUGGUCAUUACAAGUGCUAAGUGAUUUCACAAUUAUUUCGGGUGAUUCACGUGGUCAAGUCUCAGUUUGGGAUGGUAAGCUAGCAACACAUUUGGAAUCACAUCAAGUGCUAAAGGCAGAUGUACUGGCGGUAGCUGUAAAUGAAGAAGAAAAUUUGCUAAUGUGCUCAGGAAUUGAACCAAUAAUCAGAAUAUAUGCCAAAACAAAAAUUAAGCGUGAGGAAAUGGAGUAUUAUUGCUGGGUAAAAUAUCUGCAGAGAAGUGUACACGAUAAUGAUGUGAAAGCGCUCGUAUGUGCAGGUGACCGUAUUUUCUCUGGUGGUAUGGAUGGUUAUUUAGGAAUAUCCUCGGCUUCAAAACGUAGUUCCACAAUAUCUAAGUAUGGUCCAUUCCUUAAGAAUCCAUGCGUUGCCGUAUCAAAUAAAAAUCGCCUGUUACUACUUCGUUAUACAAAUUAUUUUGAAGUGUGGCGUCUUGGUUCUACGGGCGGCAGACCACAGCUAGUAGCACCAAAGAAAAAUGAAAAAGAACAAAAAUCAAAAGAGCACAGGAUGCUUGCUUUGAAUACCCCACCGGAGAAACUAUUGGAAUUCAGAAGCAAAAAUGAUGAACCAAUUAUUUGUGCCACCAUCUCCCCUGACGGUCAGUGGUUAUGCUACUCGACCCAAAAGAGUAUCAGACUUUUCCGGUUUCUACCAUCAGUUUCAGGGAAAAAUGACACACAACUUGCCCGCGUCAGAGGCCUGCCAGAGCAGUUUGUAACUGCCUCCCACAUAAUAUUCAGCAGCGAUUCGAAACGCCUUUUCCUUUUACAACCUACUACCCGUCAAAUAAACAUAUUUUCAAUAGUUAAAAAUGGCAGCACUGACCUAGACUUCGUUGAAAGCAUUGAAACAAGUAAACACAUAAAAGACGUUGUAAAUAUAUUCGCCGUAUCGGAAUGUGGUACAUACAUAGUAGCAGCAGGUGCAGAUCGCACCAUUGCGGUAUGGAGAAUAUUUGAGGGUAAACAUUUCAAACAUCAUCUCAACAUGCCGCGUUACUCGGCCAUUACAACGGCUUUAGCAAUUCAUGCGCACGAACCCAGGCUAGUGGCAGCCUUCUCUGAUGGGAAAAUAAUUGAAUAUGAUCUAGAAGAAAUGUGUUUUACGUGUUCGGAACGAGAGUAUUUUGUCGAGAAUGCCGAAACGCAUUGCGUUUCAAAUAUGUUAUUGGAUAGCCGCAAUUCCAAAAAUAUUGUACUGCAUAACGAUACGUAUUUAUAUGUGCUGGAGAAAGUUGCGGACACGAAUGGCGAAACCGAAUACGAUAAUGACGCUUCGGAACCAACGGGCAAGAUGGUUGGAAAGAAAUUGAAGCGUGCUGUGAGUGACAGUAAAGUAAGCGGCCUCCGCUUGAAGUUUAAAAAAUCUUAUGAGCACCUAAUAUCGCUCAGUUGGCUCAGUACGGAUGAAUUGGUCGCAGUCGGUGUCAAUCCUGUCACAUUAAUUGAACAAUUACCGGACGCUUUUAAGCAAAAGAAAUUCGGCACUGCUUAGUGUAAAGUGUACAUAAAGGUGAAAUUUUUGAUUUCUUAUUGUAAGAAAUUAAUAUUGUUUUAAUAAUAGUGUAUUGUUAA